AAAGAAAACUCGGAAAAGGAAACAAAAAGAAAAGCAAAUGAAAAGGCAGCAUUUUCCUCGGCACACAUAGCUGCCCCCACGCUCUCUCUCUCUCUCUCUCUCCUCAAGGAAAAAUAAUCAAAAGAUUGUGAAAAGGAAAAAGAAGGGCAUAGAAAGGAGGGGAAAAGCUGCCCGGAAGAAUUGAGGUGGGUGGGAAGACUAAAGGGUAAGAAGAAUGACAAUACCCUUGAGGCUUCUGUUGCCUCUCAGUCUCACCACCGCACCCUUUUGCUGUUCUUCAUCUUCUCCACACUUUCUUCCCUCUAAAUCCUCAAUCAGUUUCCAAUUGGGAAACCCUAAUCACGCAUCCUCUUAUCCCAAUCCCUUCAACCCUAAGCCUCCUUCCGCUUUUUCGUUUUCUUCUCAUCUUGUGUAUGUUGGAAAAAGAACGUCUUCCCACAACCACUCCAGUUUCUCAUUUUCACAUAAGUUGCUUUGUAUGAGGAGAGAUCAAAAUGUGGAUGGUUGGAGGAAUGAAGGGGAAAAUGGAGUGCGCAUGUAUGGUUCUGAUGAAGAGAUUGCUACUCAAGUUCCAACACAAGCCCAAACUGUUGUAGAAGGGUCUGGCCAAGUGCUUGUAUCAGAAUUCAAGAGUGUUCCUGAUGUAGAUUAUUUACAGGAGUUAUUAGCCAUUCAACAACAAGGACCCAGGUCUAUUGGCUUUUUUGGGACACGGAAUAUGGGAUUCAUGCAUCAAGAGCUCAUUGAGAUUCUCAGCUAUGCUAUGGUUAUAACUAAAAACCACAUUUUUACAUCAGGAGCAUCUGGCACUAAUGCAGCUGUAAUCAGAGGUGCUUUAAGAGCGGAGAAACCAGAGCUUCUCACUGUAAUAUUGCCUCAAAGUUUGAAGAUGCAACCUCCCGAGAGCCAGGAAUUACUGUCUAAGGUGAAGAAUGUGAUAGAGAAGCCUUACAAUGAUCAUUUACCAUUGAUAGAAGCCAGCAGGUUAUAAAAUUUCAAAGCUUGAACACGCCACGCUCAGAUUAGAAGUGCGGGGUCAUGGGGAUUCAUCAUUCGUCCUAUAUUGUUUAUUUUUUGGUUGAAGUGCAGGCUAUGUAACAUGGACAUCAUUUCACAUGUACAACAAGUUAUUUGCUUCGCCUUCCAUGACAGCAAGCUGCUUAUGGAAACCUGUCAAGAAGCAAGAAAUCUUCGGAAGAUUGUGACAUUGUUCUACCUCGACUAAGGAGAAUUAUAUUUUAUUUUUUCACUUGUCCAUACAUUAUUUUUAGAGUUGGUCUCUUAUUCUUGUUUGUAAAUUAGGAGAUGAAGAGAUUGUUCAUCUUUCCUCCCGGAAAGAAAAGAAAGGGGGCACAUUUGCUCUUUUUUGGGAAGAUUUAGCUCUUAAUUGUUGUCAAAUCUAUUUCUAGCAUCAGUCGGGCUGAAUAAUGUACCGAUGCAAAUGAUGAGUUAUGCAUUAUACAUGUGUACAAUACAUAAAUAAGCUAGUGGGAAAGAAUUUUUUUUUUUGUCGACUA